UCGAAAAACAAUAAGUAUUUGAUUAUUUUUUUUUAUAAAUUAAUGAAAUAAAUAAAAGAAACAAAAAUGAGUGAAGAUCCCAACAAACGUGUUUAUCCAGCGGCCCCUUUAGAGGAAAGUGUAGUAGCCGCACAGCAGCAACCACUGAUAGAGCCAAAAUCAGUACCACAGCCACCACAACCACCUCAUCCACCUACAUAUGAGCAAGCCAUUGGAGCCAGUACACCUGCUGUCACAGCCGGGCCAAAUGUGGUAGUGGUAACUCAGCCUGUAUCACCCUAUGGACCCCACCCCAUAGACGUUCAGUGUCCCUACUGUCACAAUUAUAGCCGAACCCGUUUGCGUCACAAGCCCACCUCACGCACCCACUUGAUCGCUGUGUUGCUGUGCUUGUUUCAAUUGUAUUGUUGCAUCUGUUUGCCCUACUGUAUUGGAAGUUGCAUGAAUACGAACCAUUAUUGUGGCAUGUGUGAUAAAUAUUUGGGAACUUAUAUACGUUAGAAUUAAAAUGAAAAUCAAUACAUUUAAACUUAGAGUGAAUUAGUUUUAAUAAUAAAAAUAUAUAAAAACGUUUUUAUAUAUAAAAUUUAAAAAAAAUGUUUUAUACAGUGUGAACGAUUUAAAAAAAAAAUUCUCAAAAAUGUAUAAAUUGUAAA